UUUUCAGGCUCCUUCAAAGGGGUUGAAAGUUUUUUCUUGUGUCAAGUAUCGUUCGAGUGACAUGUGAUUUACACGUGAAAAAUUGCAUUUAAUUAAAAGAAAUAUAAGUCAUUUCGUGAUUUAAAACUCGUAAUUAAAAAAAAAAUUAAAAAUUAAAAUUGAUUUUUAAGAAAGUGCUGAAAUUAAGAAACACAGAAAGAUCGGUGAGGAGCGUUUACAAUCAUCAUUAUCAUAUACCGGCGAAAUGGCAUCCAAUCGUAGUAUGCUAGAUUGUUUGACAUGCAGUCAGGUACUGAAUAUCAUGGUGAUUCUCGGCUUUAUGUUAAACUAUAUGUUGCGCAUAAAUCUAACGAUAGCAAUCGUUUCGAUGGUGAUACCAAGCAAUAGUAGCGGUCCACAUUUGCAUUCCAACGGAUCGGCGUUGGUGUCGGAUGAGUGCGGUAUCCAGGCGACGAUGAUGAACGACUUCACCCCUAUGGACACCAGGACCCCGGCGAUCGAUAUCGAUGUUAAUAGAGUCAACGAGGUGAACAACGGCAGCACGCACGCAGUGUUCCCACACUGGCACCGGGAGGAACGAGUCCAGACCAAAUAUCCGUGGAAUGAAUAUGAAGUGAAUAUGAUCAUCGGCGGUUUCUUUUGGGGUUACAUCUGCACGGAAUUUCCUGGCGGCCGGCUUGCGGAGAUAAUUGGUACCAAACGGGUUUUCGGUUAUAGUAUGCUGGUGUCGAGCUUUAUCACUCUAUUGACACCACUGUCGGCCACUUUCGGUUACACCAUGGUCGUCGCAUUAAGGGUCGUCCUAGGAUUUAUGAUGGGUGCCACCUGGCCUGCCAUCCAGCCAAUGACUGCUCGAUGGAUUCCACCGACGGAGCGUAGCAAGUUUGUCUCUCACAUGAUGGCCUCAUCGCUUGGUGCCGCGUUAACUAUGUUGAUGUGCGGAUUCCUCAUCGCCUCGCUCGGCUGGGAGUCGGUAUUCUAUGUAACCGGUGUGAUCGGGAUUAUCUGGAGCGUGGCGUGGUUCUUGCUGGUGUUCGAUUCACCGUCACAGCAUCCACGCAUUAGUGCGGAGGAGCGGCACUCUAUCGAAAGCGCAAUUGGAACGACCACCACCUCCAAGCAUUUGCCGGUACCAUGGCGCGCACUUAUUACUUCAGGGCCUGUUUGGGCUAUUAUAAUGACGCAUGCGUGCAGCGUCUAUGGUUAUCACACCAUUGUCAGUCAACUUCCGACUUACAUGAAGUAUAUUUUACACUUCAACAUUAAAGAGAACGGCUUGUUAUCCUCGUUACCCUAUUUAGGCAAAUACAUAUUUGCCUUAUCAACGGCUACCUUGGCCGAUUACCUGCGCCGUAAUAAUAAGGUAUCCGUGACGGCAAUACGUAAAAUUUUCACAACGUUCGCUCUACUAGUUCCCAGCAUCCUCAUGGUGAUCCAAGCGUACUAUGGUUGCGAUCGUACAGCGUCGGUCAUUAUAUUUACCAUUGCUCUGACAAUAAACGGUGCCGUAACAGCUGGUUACCUCGGGAAUGGUCUCGAUAUCGCGCCUAAUUUCUCCGGAACCAUAUUCGGCAUCGCCAACACCUUCAGCUCGAUAGGAGGUUUCCUUAGCACUUUUAUGGUCGGUAACAUCACGUAUCAAAAUCAAACCUACACGCAGUGGGCCAUCAUUUUCUGGAUUCUAGCAGCCAUCUACUUCUGCGGUGCAGUGAUAUUCGCUAUUUUUGGCACCGGCGAGUUACAGAGCUGGAACAAUCCGAUCAGCAAUCACACAAAAGAGAACGGUGCCAGUGUAGAAGAUGGCAUCACGGAAUCGGUUCCUCUCAAAACCAAAACAAUUUCAUAACGUUUUCAACGAGAAGGUUUAGACUCUGAUAAGAGAUUGCAAAUCAAAUGUGGCGAUGAAAGUUGCAACACAACAUAUUCCAAACGGAACAGUAUUUUUUUUUUAUUGCGUUCGGAUUUUAGGAUCAAUUGAUGAGUCUUUCAACUUGGCAAUUAUAGUUCGCAUAAAUUUUUGUCUUUUAAUACGUUCCGUGUCGCGUGAAUCAAGUCAUUUAAAACUGUUUCGGCACGGAUCAUGUUAAUAUUUAAUCAUGUUAAAGAUUUGAAA